AUGGACGAAUGCGCCGAUAAGCUGUGGGGUCUAAAAUGUGUUGCAUCGACAGAUAAAAUAGAAGCACGAGCACCUACUGCUUCCAGUAGCCUCCCACCGGCUGUACAGCGCGAAAAGACGCGGCAAACAGAUUCAACUUACUUCAAGAGUGCACAUUGGACCGCUGAUGGAACCACCAUUGUUUCUAAUUCUGCUGAUAAUUGCCUUCGAACGUUUGUAUUGCCCCCGGAUCUACUUGAUGGGAAAGCAGGCGCUCAUUUUCUCACGCCGUAUCAUGCAACACUCUCCAGAGAGCCUAUAUACUCAGUCGCCCUUUACCCCUUCUUUUCACUUCAGGAUACGUCUACAACGAUACUUCUUUCAUCAAUCCGUGAACACCCAAUCCGACUGACGUCCGCCCUAUAUCCUGGUCUCAUCUCCUCCUACAGCUUAAUAUCCCCUACAACAGAGGCAGUCAUAACUCCUCACAGUAUACUCUACCCGGAAACUCUAGGUGGCACUAAGUUUCUUACCGGCUCCGAUAGUCUAAUUUGUGUUUUUGAUGUCUCACGUCCUGGAAAAGACGGCCCAAUUUCUAGGUUACCAACUAUUCCCAGCAAGCGGAGAAAGAUGGUUGGAGGUGGUAUUGGAAUGAAAGGGAUUAUAUCAACAUUAGCAGACAAUCCAAGUGGCGAUGGAAUUGUCGCAGCAGGUACCUUUACAAGGCAAGUCGGUCUGUACGCCGGUAAUGGCAGUGGCGAUACUAUUGCGAUUUUUGGUGUUGGUGCUACAGAGGCGGAACACCAUAUUGGUGGAAAAGGCAUCACGCAACUCUUAUGGAGUCCCUGUGGCAGGUAUUUGUACGUCGCAGAAAGGAAAAGUGACGGUAUGUUGGUUUAUGAUAUUCGAGUUACUGGUCGGCUUGUUGGUUGGCUCAAGGGACGUAAGGCAAUGACAAAUCAGCGGCUAUACGCCGACAUGGUUCCAGGUCAUGGUAGCGAAAUGCACGAAAUUUGGGCGGGAGGCACAGAUGGCUGUGUUCGCAUGUGGAAACAUGCUGCUCAAUUUGAAGGAGAGACUCGACCGACCUGGGAAAGGAAAAUACAUGAUGGUAGUAUCCCGCGCUAA